UUAUAUAUCAAAAUGCAGAAAUCAAGAAGAGUUUAAAGUACAAACAAAACUUUAGAAACAAAGCAAAAGUUGUGAGUUUUAAGUUGUUCAAUGAAGAAACAAGGUUGUGAAAUUGAAGCAAUAGGCAUCAACUACACAAUCUAUACACAUAAAAGAGAAACCCCUUUUAGUUUUUUAAGCAGAAAACAACACAACAAGUGUAUAAAAGGAGUUGAAGAAUUGGAAAAAUGUGGUGAUGAUAAUAAUAGACAUGUUCUUAAGGAUGUGAAUUGUAGAGCAAAAAGAGGUGAAAUUUUAGCUAUUGUUGGUCCAAGUGGUGCUGGAAAGUCUACUUUUUUAGAAGUUUUAGCAGGUAAGAUUGAACCACAAAGUGGAUCUAUAUUUGUGAACCAAAAACCAGUUGAUAAAGCAAGUUUUAACAAGAUUUCAGGCUAUGUUACACAAAAGGACACUCUGUUUCCUCUGUUAACUGUUGAAGAAACAUUAAGUUUUAGUGCAAAGCUAAGGUUAAAACUUGGUCCUAAAGAAUUGAGUUCAAGGGUCAAGUGUUUGAUUCAAGAACUUGGUUUAGAACAUGUUUGUGGUGCUAGGAUUGGUGAUGAUCGAAUUCGAGGGAUUUCAGGUGGUGAAAGGAGGAGAGUUUCUAUAGGAGUUGAACUGAUUCAUGACCCUGGAGUCUUGAUUCUUGAUGAGCCAACUUCAGGUCUUGACAGCACUUCAGCAUUGCAGAUCAUUGACAUGCUCAAAACCAUGGCUGUUACUCGUGAUCGAACGAUAAUUCUUAGUAUUCAUCAACCAUGUUUUAGGAUCAUGAAGUUGUUCAACUCAAUCCUACUUUUGGCUAAUGGUACAAUCUUGCAUCAUGGAACCAUUGAACAGCUUAGUUUAAGGUUAAUCCUGUUAGGAUUAGACCUUCCCCUUCAUGUCAACAUACUUGAAUUCGCCAUCGAAUCCAUUGACAUAAUCCAGACACUGUUACCUCAAUCAGCACUCAUGAUCAAGAAUUCAGGUAACUUCACUUUGCAUCAACUCUUUCAAGAAUCUAAACAAGACUCUUUGUCCAUGCCUAUCCAUGUUGGCUUUGCAAAUUCAAGUUUGCAAGAGAUUGUGAUCCUUACAAUAAGGUUUUGGAAAAUCAUAUACAGAACAAAGGAGCUUUUUGGUUUUAAGACACUACAAAUGUUACUGUCAGGAGUUGUUUUAGGAUCAAUAUUUUACAAUCUUGAAGAUGAUUUAGUUGGAGCACAAGCAAGAGUUGGCUUGUUUGCAUUCAUAUUGACAUAUCUUUUGUCAAGUACAACAGAAGCAUUACCAAUAUUCUUACAAGAAAGGGAAAUACUAAUGAAAGAAACAUGUUGUGGGAGUUAUAGAGUUUCAUCUUAUGUCAUAGCCAACAGCCUUGUCUACUUGCCAUUUCUAUUGAUUCUUGCAUUGCUUUUCUCAACUCCAUUAUACUGGAUGGUUGGUUUAAACAAACACUUCAUGGCAUUCAUGCACUUUUUGUUACUAAUUUGGCUCAUUCUAUACACAGCAAACUCAAUUGUUGUGUGUUGUAGUGCCUUAGUACCAAACUUCAUCAUUGGGAACUCACUAGUAUGUGCUAUGAUGGGAUCGUGCGCGUUAUUCUCUGGAUACUUUGUUUCUAAGAAUGAGAUACCAAAUUAUUGGAUUGUCAUGCAUUAUGUAUCACUCUUUAAGUACCCUUUUGAAGGAUUCUUGAUUAAUGAGUUCUCUGGUUCUGGAAAAUGCUUACAAUACAUGUUUGGGAUGUGUUUGGCUAGUGGUGAUCAAGUACUAAAAGAUGAAGGAUAUGGUGGUGAAGAAAGUAGAAGGAAGAAUUUGAUUAUUAUGGUUUGUUUUAUCAUGCUUUAUAGGUUCAUUUCUUAUGUAAUUCUUAGAGUUAGAUGUACUUCUAAAGGUGGAUUCAAAAACAUCUUCAUUUCAAUUUGAUCAACAAAUUUUAACUACUUCAUCACAAGUCACUUGUACAAAAUACACAAAAGUUGUUUGUUGUAAUCUUAUAUUAAUUUGUGCAUUUUGUUAAAGAGACUUGUAUAUUUAUCAUCCUCCUCUA